AUGGCGUCGGAAAGUUCAGUGGCUGGGGUGGGAACGGGCGAGAAGCAGGUGAUUGUGGUGGGGAUCGACGAGGGGGAACACAGCGAGUACGCGCUGCAGUGGACGCUGGAUCACUUCUUUGCCGACGCCCGCAGCCGGCCCCCGGUCUUCUCUCUCGUCGUCGUCUACGCCCGGCCCUUUCCCACGUCCGUGGUCGGAAUGGGCAGUCCGGGAGUGGCUGAUGUACUGCCCUUUGUGGAGGCCAAUCUGAGGACGAUCGCUGCCGGGGUCGCCGAGAGGGUCAAACAGCUCUGCGAGUCCAGAUCGGUAAAAUCUUUUUGUCUUCUCUCGUUUCAUCUCGUUCUUACUGAUUUCUUGCCUUCUAAUUCGAUUCAGAGCGUCCUCAUCAUCUGCCUUGUUCUGACGGUCGUCGAGCCGUUUUUGGUUCACUUUGUGGCAUUUGAUUCGUCUAUUUGUUGACGGGUGAUAGGGAGGAGCCGAUUUAAUUGGGAUUAAAUAUAGGUAGAAUGAAGGAUCUAUUGACUUGGCUCAACGCCAUUAGAUUGCCUCCUGUGGCAUCAUAUGGAGAAAGCAAUGCAUCUCUCUCAUAAAUAAUGGCAGAUAUGAAGAGACAUGAAAGAAAGGCGAUAGCUACGAUGAAAUGAUCAUCUUCAAGGGAAAUUACACGAAGAAUUCUGUGUCUCAAUCCAGUUAUGGGCACCUGCGCGGAGGGUUUCCUUCAUCUUUUCUCGCCUUAUUCGAUGGUGUUUUAUAUUUCAGGUGGGCGAUGCCCUUGUUGAAAUGGUGGAGGGAGAUGCCAGAGAAGUUCUCUGUGACGCUGUCAAGAGGCACCAAGCAACAGUCUUGGUCGUUGGUAGUCAUGGAUAUGGAUCAAUUAAAAGGUACUAUUUCUUUAAAAAUACUGGAUUUUUUGUGGAAUUGUAAAUCAAUUCUCUGCUAACUAUGCAACGGAUAUCUCUCAAUUCAAUCUCACGGAUAUUCAUUUAUUUUAUCUUCAGUUUGAGAUUGGAUAAGAAUUCUGUCUUUCACCAAUUUGUUUUUCUGAUUUUUGUCAAUAUUUUGGUAUGAGCCGGUUGACAUUCUUCAGUCCUGGGGGAAGCAGCUCAACUUCAUGGUCAGCUCAUGAUUUGACUGUUUGUGCGUGUUUGGGCUUCCUGCAGGGCCUUCUUGGGGAGUGUUAGUGACCACUGUGCGCAUCAGGCCAACUGCACCGUGAUGAUCGUAAAGAAACCCCAACCAAGCAAGUGA